AGAUGUUGCAGGCCGUCAGCCUCCCAUGAGCCCCUUCAGCAGUUUACCUGGCAGGGGAAACCACAUCAAUCAGCAUAGAUGAUUCUACACUAUGUCUAAGAAACUCCUCCAAGACAGAUUCGAAAGAAUUGGAAAUUCCCAGUUGUCAUAUUCUCAGUGCCAGCCCAGUGGAACCGUCUAAGAAGAAUGCAUCAAAAUGGACCUUGAAGGUUGAUUACAUAAAGUUCACAGGCGAGAUGUCUUUGAAAACGUCUACAACAUUGUUGCAGGGAUCAAAAGAAAAUUGCCAGUCUGCUGCCUCUGAUAUAAAUACGCUGGUCAAGUCCUUGCCAAACCGAAAGAAAAGCCUUCUUGUGAUAGUGAACCCUGUCAGUGGUCGAAAGAAAGGGUUAAAAACUUGCCAGAAAAUCCUGCCCUUUUUUGAGCUGGCCAAUAUAAAGACUGAAGUGAUUGUAACCAAAGAAAAAGGACACGCAUCAAAAUUGCUUAAAGAAAAAGAUUUGAGCGACAUAGAUGGAAUUGUAUUGGUUGGUGGCGAUGGUACCUACUAUGAGGUGUUGAAUGGCCUACUGUACCGAGCGCAAGUUGAUGCCAAGUAUGAUUUGGAUAUACCUGGCUGUGAUUGGAUGCCAAGUCCCCUACCUGUUGGCAUAAUACCUAGUGGAAGUGGCAAUGGGAUCGCCAAAAUUUUGGUUAGUCGUGACCCAGUUACAGCGGCCCUAGCUAUUGUCAUUGGCAAGACGAGAGGAAUGACUACAUACACAGUGCACCAGAAUUCCGGUAAAUUCCUGACGUUUGGUGGUCUUUUGGUUGGUUAUGGCUUUUUCAGUGAUAUUAUUUAUAAAGCUGAGAACAGACGCACCCUGGGAAUCUUCAGGUACCCAGUUUACUUGUUAUGGGGAUUAUUUAAUUUGCGAAGGUUUAAAGUUUGUAUAGAAUAUGAAGUCCCCAAGGACAAUUUGACAGAGCCAAGUGAAGGCGGAGCUUCAACUGUGAUAAAAGGAGGCGGAGAUUGCUCUGUGAUAAAAGGAGGCGGAGAUUCCAGUGUGCAACAAAAAGAAGGUGGAGCUCCGAUUGAGCAAAAGGGAGGCAAAGAUUGUGCAUCAGAUGUGAACUUUGGCAGCAAACCAGAAAAUAUCAGUGUAACCAGUCCACACAAAGAACCAGUCCGGAGGAAGGUCAUAGCUGAGAUCAACAGGAACAAUGAUGGCGAAUCAAAUUUAGAGGUCAAAGGUCAGAAUGAUGCUGAAGACCAAAAUAGAAAGCUGUCAGAUGGUGAAAGUAAAACCGGUGAUAAUGAGGCUGCCCAAAGUGUGGGUGCUGGUGACUGCCCGAACGGGUCAGUUACGGAUGGGGCUGUGCCUAAUAACAUUCCCAAAGGGCCAGUGGCUACUGUUGAAUUUGAUGUCGCUGAUAAUACCAAUGGUGCCGCUGCUGUUGCUACUGCAGUCUCAGGUGUCGAUCGUAAAGAUUGGAAAUGUAUAACAGGCACAUACAUCUCGUUUGGCACGUUCCUUCAUCUUUUUGAACUGACCGAAACAGAAGCUGUAGAAGUUAUCUUGUGCAAUACAGUCGGUGACUUGAAAGACAUGUUUAGGAAUCUCGUAAACCCCAACAACGGCCCUGUUGGUACAACAUUUAAAACAAGGCGUCUGUUGCUAGAGGUCCCAGCAAUCAAUCAGGAUAAUGAAAUGGAACUGGCAUUGAACUGUGACGGUGACUACAUCAUUUUGGAAACCCCAAUUGCCAUACAGAUCUGCAUUCAAUCUGGUUUAAUGAAUGUAUUCUGCUGCUGAUUCUAAAACCCGGGCAAUUUGGACACAGAUCACGAACACCAGAAAUUAAAAUUUCAGUGAAUAUAAUGAAGUGGACUGGCUAACUGACUGACCCAUAGUUUCUUCCGCUUUAACCCCUGACCUUUGCCACCUAACCCUAACACAAAUGCACACAUGUCUGUCUGUCUGUCUGUCUAUGUAUAUA